GGUAGCUAUUACUGACGAAGAUGUACGAAGCGGUUUUGUCGUACCAGAGAUGAAUGUAAGAAUCUUACCCUAAGAGAAAAAUGUCUACUAUGUUUAAAUGAUUUCUGGAUAUUAUAAGCCGAUAUUUGCAUUCGAUUUCGUGCAUUUGUGAAGAAAAUCAUUUUCCCAGGGUGGGCGUUUUGUAUUAAUUUUCUUUAUACGCUUGAAAUAUAGUUUUAAGUCUGUAUAUUUUGCAAGUUGGCGCAUUUCAAGCUGUUCAAUACAUUUAUUUCACUCAUCGCAGAAAAACUUAACUAUUCUUGCACCAAAGGUGUCUUAUUCAAUAAGCUGGACCGCUAACUUAUUGUUUUAUGCCGCGCUCAUUACGGGAGGUUUUCGGAUAAUAGCGUUUAACGAUUGAUAAGGAGGAAGCGAAUGCAGACAAGUGGUUCAGCUCUAGUACAAAGAACGUGCGAAUUAACAGCAUUGUUUGCACAACGAUUCAAACGUGACGACCGAUUCGGUUGGUUUACACUUCACAGGCACAACUUCUCGACCUCGCACUGUCGUAAGGUAUCUGGAAUACAUUCGGCGUAGGAUUUAAUAUUAGGCCGUGAGACGGACCUUAUGGAUACCAGUAAAGAAAUUCGAGUUGUCGAUAUCAGAAGUGAUACUCUGACCAAACCAACUGAUGAAAUGAGGAAGGCAAUGGCAGAAGCUGAAGUUGGCGACGAUGUUUUCGGGGAAGAUCCAACCGUUGCCACUAGGAUUGGAGACAAUUGCUGCUGAUAUGUUUGAAAAAGAAAAAGCGCUUUUCGUACCAACGGGCACUAUGGGCAACCUUUUGUCUGCAAUGUCGCACUGCUGGGGACGAGGUUCACAAAUUUACAUUGGAGAUAAUUCACAUAUGUCAGUUUGGGAGCAAGGCGGCAUUGCCCAGAUUGGAGGAAUUUCUCCGAAGUUUCUACCUAUGAUGCCAGAUGGAGAAUUUAAUACUAAAGACAUGAUCCGACAUCACAGGACUGGAGAAAAUUUCCAUCAUGCUAAACCCGAAGCUGUUGUAAUUGAAAAUCCGUUUGACGGAAAAGUCCUUCCAAUUUCAUACAUGAAAGAGGUGCAUGAUGCUGCCAAGAGUUUGGGAUUGAAAAUUCAUAUGGAUGGUGCACGGAUAGGGAAUGCGAUGGUUGCUCUUAAAUGCAAACCUACUGACCUAACAAAAUGGGUGGAUUCUGCAAAUAUCUGUCUUUCGAAGGGUCUUGGAGCGCCUGUUGGUUCAGUGAUAGUUGGAAGCACAGACUUCAUAAAUAAAGCAAGGAGAUUGAGAAAAGUGUUAGGUGGAGGGAUGCGACAAAGCGGUGUACUAGCUGCAGCCGGCAUCAUAUCUUUAACAAAAAUGGUAGACCGACUUGAAGAUGAUCAUAUCAAUGCAAAAAGAUUUGCUGAAGGCUUGCAAUCAUUCGCUGAUGACUUGAUAAGAAUAAGAAUGAAUGAUGUUCAAACCAACGUGGUUUGGUUCUAUCUUCGAGAUAAUGUCAAAUGCAGUGAUGAAGAAUUUGUGAAAAUGUUGCAAGAUACAUCAGGUGAAAAUAAAAUAUGUGUUAAAAUACUAGCUCUUGCAAAACGAUCAAUGAGAGCAGUGUUUUACAAUGGAAUAGAUGCCUCAGAUGUAGAAUAUGCUUUAAAAAAGCUGAAAGCAGUCUGUGAAAUUAUACGAUAAAAUCAUGUUCAAAAUUUUCAGCUACG